UCUUGCAGAGAGACCCUUGACUCACUCCCUCUUGAAGCAAAAGCCAAAGCUUUAAGUUAGAGACCCUUUCUCCUUAUAUUUCAGGUAUUUAUGUUAUAAGGAAAUUUAGCAAAUCAUUGUGAUCAUAAACCUUGUUGUGAGCGAAGUUUGUGUGCUGAUAUGUAGUUGAUGGACUGAUUUUGUGAGUAUUUGGUGAUGGCAUUGGGUUUAAUCCGCUUGAUUCGAGUCAAGUUGAGAAGUGUUUAAAUAAUGUUGUGAUGGAAGAGUCAGAUAUAUAUAAACAACAUCAAUACAAUUAUGGGGAUCCGAGAGAUGAGAUAUCCGAGCCUACUUCUCAGGCAUAUACCUCAGACCCUUCAAGUAGCAGGAAUUCCAAUACAAGAGUUCCUGACCUAAAUGUACCACCACCAGAAGUUAAACCUGUACGUAACUAUUCCAUUCAGACAGGUGAGGAGUUUGCUCUCGAAUUUAUGCGUGAUCGGGUCAUUCCUAAGAAGCCUCUCAUUCCAAAUGCUAUUGGAGAUCCCAACUAUGUGACUGGUUAUCUGGAACUAAAAGGUAUUUUAGGCAUUAGUCAUACAGGGUCUGAAAGUGGUUCAGAUAUUUCGAUGCUAACCAUGGUAGAGAGAGGUCAAAAGGACUUUGAGAGGAUGGACUCAUCUUUACAUGAAGAGAGAAGCAACAAUGGAUCAAUUCAGUUGGCACCAAGAACUUUAUCUGGUUAUGAAAGCCAUGGAGCUCUGCAUGGCUAUGCCUCCUCUGGAGCCUCCGAUAGCUUCUCUGGGAAAAUGAAAGUUCUCUGCAGCUUUGGUGGUAAAAUCCUACCACGGCCAAGUGAUGGACAGCUGAGGUAUGUUGGAGGUGAAAAGCGCAUUAUGUGUAUUGCAAGGGACAUUUCUUGGCAUGACUUUAAGCAGAAAGCUUUAGCAAUAUAUUACGAAGCUCGUGUCAUAAAAUAUCAGCUUCCUGGUGAAGAUCUUGAUGCCUUGGUUUCUGUUUCAUGUGAAGAGGAUCUGCUGAAUUUGAUGGAUGAAUGGAGUUAAAUUGAAGAUAGAGAAGGAUCACAAAAACUCAGAUUGUUUCUGUUUUCAAUGAGUGAUUUGGAAGAUGCUCAACUGGGCCUGGGCAGUGCAGAGGGUGAUUCUGAGAUUCAGUAUGUAGUUGCUGUCAAUGGCAUGGACAUGGGAUGCAGAAGAGGAUCAGCCCUGCAUGGUUUGGCAAGCUCUUCAGGAAACAUUGACAGGGAGACGACCAGUGUUGCAUCUGCUGGGGUCAGUGCUUCACCUUUGGUUGGCACUUACCACUCUUCUCAGCCUACUCUUCAAAGUUCCUCCAAUGCCUACGAGACCUAUCCACAAUUUUAUCAUGACCAGAUGAUGGAUCAUAGAGACACUAAGCAUUUCCCAUUGCACUAUCACCAUCAUUCCUCUAACAGCUCUCCUCUCGGAGAAAUCCCUUAUUCAAGGCAACUUGAAGGGCAUAUGAAUGAAGAAGCAGGUUUUUACGAAGGACAUCAAUGUAUUAGCUUUCAGAAAAAGAAUUCGCAGAUGCCAGGAAAGGAGGUGAAUCCAAAACCUGCUGGUUUAGUUCAGCAAAAGAUUGACUUGGGAAAAACUCAUGCAAUAGAGAAUAUUUACCCUGCUCCAGUUGAUGAAGUACCAGUACCAGCUGCUGUGCCAGAAGGAGAUCUAAGUACCAUACCAUCAAAAUAUGAGGGGAAACACCAAGAACCAAGGAAGGUUUCUUCUUUUGUUGACGAUGUGAAUCAAGUGCAGGUUCCUAAAUCUCAUGAAGAUGAUCAACACUCCACACCCAGUGGUGCAUCUGGUCCAGGAAAUGCUGAUUCUACUUCAAAUCCAGUUGACAUGAGCUAUCUUGAGCCAUCAAUACCUCCUCAGAGGGUUUAUUAUUCGGAGAGAAUACCCCGGGGUCAAGCAGAGUUACUGAACAGAUUAUCCAAGUCUGAUGAUUCACUUGGCUCUCAGUUGCUCAUUUCUCAUUCACAUCCAGGCAUCACUGAGAACAAUCCAGUUUUGGAAUCAGUGGAAAAUUUGCAUGAGAAUAAUUUGGUUGCCCGAACUGAACACUUCAUUUCAACUGCAAAACCAUCAUGUGCAGACUCUCAAAUCAUAGAUGAUGGAGUUGCUCAAUUUCAACAACAUAGAGAGCUUUCUGAUGCCAGUUCUCAGAUGAAUAACAAGCUCCCUGAUUCUGAACAGGUGUCAGAUUUUGGGUUCAAGCAGGCAGUUGCUAAGAAUGUUGAUGAAAAUGAUUCUGCAAACAGGGAUAGGAUUCUCAAGGAAGACUUUGAGACAGAUUUGGUCACUGGUAAUCAUAGGAAACUCCCAGCUGAUGUAAAGGGAGAAGUGGGAUCUGGACAUCUGGCUGUCCACCAAAUAACUUGUGUUGUGCAGCAUAAGGAUCCUACAGCUGAUGUUCCAGAUGACUUGAAUGAGAUGACAGUCAGGGAUGUCUCUGAUAAGGACAGUCUGGGACAUUUUCUGCCAUUUUCUUGGACAGAUAGCUCAGCUAAAGUUGUUGCAGAAGGAAUACCCCCUGUCACUGUUUCAGCCACCAAGCAGGCAGAAAUCCAAAUCGAUAUAAAUGAUAGAUUCCCUCGUGAUUUCAUUUCUGAAAUAUUUUCAAAAGGGAUAUUUACUGAGGAAACCCCUGGUCUUAUUCCACUACACAGUGAUGGUGCUGGUGUGAGUGUAAACAUGGAAAAUCAUGAGCCAAAGCACUGGUCAUAUUUUCAGAAGCUGGCAAAGGAAGAGUUUGUUCAAAAAGAUGUUUCUCUUAUUGACCAGGAUCAUCUAACUGCUUCAUCUCUGCUUACAAAUAUAGAUCAUAAAUCUUAUCAUUUCACACAUUUGGCAGAAGGUGGAGAUUCAGUGGGCCGUCAUUAUUCCCAAAUUAUUUUUGGCCAAGACAAUCAGAAUAAUUUACCUGGAAUGGUAGGAGCUGAUUCUACAAUGAUGUCUGAUUUUGAUCAUUCUGAAUUGAAGGAGACGGAAAGUAUGCAGUUUGAGGCUAUGAUGGAGAACCUACAGUCUCCAGGUUCACAGUAUGAGGAUGGGAAGUUGGAUAACAAGAAUGAUGGCCUUCCUCCUUGCGAUCCUUCUCUGGGAGAUUUUGAUAUCAAUACCUUGCAGGUAAUAAAAAAUGAAGAUCUUGAAGAGCAGAGAGAAUUGGGUUCUGGCACUUUUGGAACUGUGUAUCAUGGAAAGUGGAGGGGCACUGAUGUUGCCAUUAAGAGGCUAAAGAAGAUCUGUUUCACAGGUCGAUCGUCAGAGCAAGAGAGACUGACCUUGGAGUUUUGGCGGGAAGCUGGCAUCCUUUCAAAGCUCCACCAUCCAAAUGUUGUUGCAUUUUAUGGUGUAGUUCAAGACGGACAUGGGGGGACAUUAGCUACUGUAACAGAGUACAUGGUUGAUGGUUCUCUUAGAAAUGUUUUACUUCGCAAGGAUAGGUAUCUAGAUCGUCGCAAGAGACUUCUCAUCGCUAUGGAUGCUGCUUUUGGAAUGGAAUAUCUGCAUUCAAAGAAUAUUGUACAUUUUGAUUUGAAAUGUGACAACUUGCUUGUAAACUUGAAAGAUCCCCAACGACCAAUCUGCAAGGUUGGUGAUUUUGGCCUGUCAAAAAUCAAACGAAAUACUUUGGUUUCUGGAGGUGUAAGGGGAACUCUACCAUGGAUGGCCCCCGAGCUUCUAAAUGGAAGCAGUAAUAAGGUUUCAGAAAAGGUUGACGUGUUCUCUUUUGGAAUUGUCCUUUGGGAAAUUCUCACUGGUGAGGAGCCCUAUGCCAACAUGCACUAUGGUGCGAUUAUAGGGGGGAUUGUAAACAACACGCUGAGACCAACUAUUCCAAGUUAUUGUGAUUCUGAAUGGGGAAUACUAAUGGAGCAGUGCUGGGCCCCAAAUCCUGGAGUUAGGCCUUCCUUCACAGAAAUUGCCAGUCGUUUGCGCAUAAUGUCAGCAGCUGCUAGCCAAGGCAAAGGACACGGAAACAAGGCAUCAAAGUAGUGGUUUCACAAUUUCUAGUUAUCGCCUUCCCCUGAUUUGUGUCAUCCUAAAUCGAUUCCUUGAAGUCUACGCUCAAUAGAGAGACUUGUAUCGUGUUAGAAAGGAGAAAUCGGCUUCCAUAAUGUUUUUGAGAUGGGAGUAGAUUCUCUUACAGUAAUGUGAUGAGUAUUGUUUUAUUUCAGCUAUUCCAGACUGUUACAUAGUCAUUGAAUUCUAUACUCAGAAAAGGAAUUCCAAGGUUUUUUCC